ACCCGGGAGCGUCGAUGCCGCCUCUCAAGCCCGGCUGGCUGGCUGGCUGGUCGGCUUCCCUCAUCCUCGCUCUCCCUUCCUCCCUUGCAGCGUAGAUCUGUGAAUCGUCGCCGAACUCUCAGCCAUCCAUGCCAGGCCAGUCGCUCCUCUCUCCGACCCGGCAGCGGGUUCACUACAACGCCCUGCGCACCAACGAGACCACUCCGUUGAUCAUCCCAGGGACUUUUCCCGAUGCAACGCAGGCCAGCGAGCCGUCCUGGGCUCAGUCGCUGUACAUCAUCUCAAGGUCGUCGCCCAUCAAUGCCCUCCUGCUCUUUGUUCCGCUGGGUCUAGCGGCCGGGUUCUUUGAAUGGUCGGGAUCUCUGGUGUUUAUGUUCAACUUUCUGGCUCUGAUGCCCCUUGCCAAGCUCUUGGGCUAUGCGACCGAGGAGAUUUCCCUGAAAGUCGGCCAGACCAUUGGUGCUCUGCUGAACUGCACCUUUGGCAAUCUGGUUGAAUUGAUCCUCUCGGUGCUGGCCCUCAAGGCCGGGCUCAUCCGCGUGGUGCAGGCCUCGCUGCUGGGUUCGAUUCUCUCCAACAUGCUGCUGGUGCUGGGCUUCUGCUUCUACUGCGGCGGCUGGUUCUACCACAUCCAGCAGUUCAAUGUGGUGGCUGCCCAGACGGCGGCGUCGCUGCUGUCGAUCGUCGUGUUCUCGAUGAUCAUCCCGGCUGCCUUUCUGCAGCAGGUGGUGUCCGUACCCGAGUCGGCACAGCUGGUCUUGGAUCUGUCGCGAGGCACAGCCAUUGUUCUCCUGGUCAUCUACAUUCUGUAUCUCUACUUCCAGCUCAAGACCCAUGCUGAUCUCUACGAGGGCGACGAUGAAGACGAGCCUGCCAGCAUCAAAUUCCCUGCUGCCGUCGCGCUCCUGGUCGUUGUGACACUCCUGAUUGCCGGAUGCGCCGAGUAUCUCGUUGAAUCGAUCGAAUUCAUUUCCAAGGACUGGAAGCUCAACCAGACCUUUGUGGGUCUCAUUCUGUUGCCGAUUGUUGGCAAUGCCGCUGAGCACGUUACCGCUGUCACCGCCGCGGUUAAGAACAAGAUGGAUCUGUCCCUGGGUGUGGCCAUCGGAUCAUCGAUGCAAAUCGCUCUGUUUGUGACCCCCAUCUGUGUGCUCGCCGGGUGGCUCAUCGAUCAACCCAUGAGCCUGAGCUUCAACAUCCUCGAGACGGCCGUGAUCUUUGUUUCUAUCUAUGUCGUGAACAGUCUCAUCUCGGACGGCAAAUCGAAUUGGCUUGAGGGUGCUAUGCUUCUCGGCGCCUAUAUCGUUAUUUCCAUCGCCUUCUGGUUCCUGCCCAUGACGCUCGAGUAGGGGCAAGAAGUGCAUUUGCGCUGUCGAAUCUGUAGUCUCUGCAAGGGUGAUGCUCCAAUAUAUAUCGCCCCUACAUAUGUCA